AUGAAUUGUACACUACGACUAGCAACUCUGCUGACAAUCUUGUUUACCGUUCAGGGUACCUUAGGAGACUAUGGAAACCUACACUUCGAAACUGAGGAUAUUAAGCCAAUCAUAGAGAUUGAUGACGAUAUUGAAGAGAUAGAGGAUGACGCCCCAAAGACUCCCAUUGCCCUUGACAUUUCAAGAGAGAUACCUACUAUGAUUACUACAACAAACAUUCCUGGCACCCUUUAUUAUAUAGUUGAGCCAGAAUAUUAUGAUACCCACAGGAUUGGUGAAGUAAAAGAUGACGGAGAGACACUAUCCCAAGAUCAUGAGAUGAACAUUGAGAGAAUAGUCUCUACCUAUGCAAAAGGCGACGGUACAAAGCUCGUUAGGAUCAAGGAUUUUUAUCCAAAGGACGACGGAAAUCUUGCUCUUGAACUUGUGGAGCUUGUAAAGAAGCCUGGAUCUAUCAACUAUGUGCCAUUAGUGAGACACCCUGUAGAGGUUGACGUGUUGACCCAAGAGAGCACAAGCACAGUACGAGUACAAGGAAACUUGAGAAGCCAGAAAAUAUACAGAGUAGUGGCAAAGAUGAAAGAUGACGCCUAUAUUGGUGUAGUGAAAUACGGCGGGGAGAUUGUGCACGAAGCUCUGAGCAAUGAUAUCCUCGCAAGAAAUGUAACCUUUAAUGUACUCAAGCAGCCAACCAUUUUGGUAAAAACUUACAUGAAAAACGGAGUUUGCAUACACUCGAAAUAUCAGUCUUCGGAUUACAACAGGCGGUUUGAACUCGUGCAUGAAGAGACUAGAAGUUAUACAUAA